AUGCGGCAUAUACGUCUACGAUUACGAACCUCAAUUCUUUUUAUACUGGCUACAUUAACAAUAUUCUUUUUAAUUACACUUAAUACAUUAAUAUGGUCAACAAACGAACUUGAACAAGUCGAAGAAAAUCGAGAUAUACCAAUUCCACCUGGUGUUAUACCGUUUUGGUCAGCCAUUAAUCAUCAAAAUAUCUAUGAUAUACAUGCAACAUCAGUUAAUACCAUAUUUGUUCGACCAUCAAAUAUAAGUCAACGCCGUGUUGAAGAACUUUAUGAAUUAAUACGUAAUGCAAAAAAUGAUGACACUCAAUCUGUAGAUAAAGAAAAAUUAUUUCCGAUUGAUUCGACAUGGAGUUUUGAUAAAUUAGUUGAACAACAACAAGCACAUGACAAUGAUGACACAAAUAAACAGACACCUGAAACACAUGCUGAUACAGCUGAUUCAGCAGCUAAAACAACAACAACAACAAUACGUCCUGAUUUAACAACAUCAGCAAAAAGUGUUAGUGAAUAUGAUAAAAUUCAAUUAAGAAAUUAUGUUCAUCAAUCUCUAGCUAAAUGGAAAAAAGAACAUCAAAAUGAUAAAAUUAUUAAUUUAGCUGAUCUUAUGCAUGAUGAAUUAUUACGUGAUGAGCCAUCGAGAUUGAAUACAACAUGGUAUGAAUUUAUGAAAACAGUUAAUAAUUUGCGUGUAUAUGAUCCAAAUAGUUCAGAAUUUAAACGUCUUUUAAAUCAUUUACAAAAUGGUGAAGUUAUUGAAGCAAGCGAAAUGUCUCAAGGUACACAAAUUAAAGUUAUUUUCGAUUUACCCGAUGGUUUUGAAGCACUUUUUAAGCCAUACAGAGUACCGCGUAAUUACCAGACAUUACCAGAUCAUUUCUACUUCAGUGAUAUUGAAAGACAUCAUGCUGAAAUAGCUGCUUUUCAUUUAGACAAAAUUCUUGGUUUUUAUCGUGUUCCACCAUUAAUUGGACGUUUAGUUCAUAUAACACGAGAUAUUCAUGAAAAAGCAACAGAAGAAUUAGCAAAAACAUUUUUUAUAUCACCAGCAAAUAAUACUUGUUUUCGUGGUCAUUGCUCGUAUUAUUGUGAUACAUCUCAUGCUGUUUGUGGUAAGCCAGGUGAUCGAUUAGAAGGUUCAAUACAAGUUCUUCUACCACGACCACCAGAAAUUGAAUGGAAAAAGAUUACACAUCCAUAUCGUCGUUCAUAUAGUGCAAUAAGAAAAGCUAAAUGGGAAUCAAACGAAAAUCAUUGUUAUGAUGAAGUUUUUUUAAAUGACGAUUAUCAUAAUCGUCUAUUACUCGAUAUGAUGGAUUUAUCAGCAUUUGACUUUCUUAUAGGUAAUAUGGAUCGUCAUCAUAUGAUGCGUAUUCAAACAUUCGGUGCUAAUAGUGCUCUAAUUCAUUUGGAUAAUGGUCGAAGUUUUGGUCGAUAUGAUCAUGAUGAAUUAUCAAUAUUAACACCUAUACGACAAUGUUGUCUAUUUCGUUAUUCAACGUUUGCACGUUUAUAUCGUGUAUAUCGUCAAGGUCUUUCAACAUUACUUUCACGUUCAUUAGAAAAUGGUGAACAACUACGAAAGAUUCUUGUUGAUGAACAUUUGACCGCUAUUGAUCGACGUUUAGGAAUUCUUUUUGCACAUUUAGAUACUUGCAUUAAAACUUAUACAGUGAAAGGGGUUAUGAUAGAUGAUGGUAUUGAUUAA